AUGGGCACGUCACUGCCCCUACACACCCACAAUGGAAGCAAGGAGACGCCUCUGCUCCCCAGAACUGGGGGACAUCAGGCAGCCGUGGCUGUGCUCACACCAGCCCGAAGGCUUCUAAGGCUGAGAAGACCCAACGCCGUUGUCGGAGCUGACAGCACGCAAGGCAACUCAAGCCUGGAAGCAGCCCGGCUUUGCCAAGCCCCAGAAGCCAGUAUGGCCAAGCUGCUGGAGAAGCUCAGCGAGUACGAGAUCGUGACUCCUACCCGGGUGAAUGAGUUUGGCGAGCCCUUCCCCAUCGAUGUCCACUUCAGGCGGCGGCGGCGGAGCACCGGCGCUGCCCCCGACGCCUGGACGGCCGCCGCCCCCCCCCAGCGGGGUGACCCCCUCCUGCUCCGCGGGUUUUGGGGGAAAAAGUGCCACCCAGCGGCACCCCGGGGGGCAGGUCAGCGGGCGCAGACGCCGGGCAUGGCCACCUGCCUGCCCCGGGGUGCCGACGGGGGCUGCGAAGGGAUGACUGGGGGCUCCCCAGCUCCGUCCUGUACCCCGGGCAGGGGCAUGGCCCGAGGAGAGGUGAAGGCAGGCAUCCCGGUGCCCUUCUAUGCAGGGGUAUAUCGGCAAGGGGAGGAGCAGAAGCUCCCAGCAGGGCUGACCCUUCUGUCUGCCCUGGUGCCUUCCAGCACCCCGGAGUGCCCGUCCCAGAUGCUCCCCUGGGAGAUGUCUGCUGGCCUCCACCUGGUCCAGGAGCUCUCCUGGCUAGGCACGUUCAAGUCUGACGAUGGGGACUAUUUCGUAGAGCCGCUGCUAUCGCUCGAAGAACAGGAGUAUGAAGAAGAGCACAAUAAACCACAUCUAGUCUACCGACACCGGACACCUCCAACCAACGCUUCAGGGGACAGGCAGACUUGUGAUACUCCAGAUCAUGAACACAGUCACAAAAAGAACAAGCGGAAACACUGGAGAAGACAGUGGGCAGAAAGCAGCAUAUUAUCUGACGUGGAGAUUUUGAAACACAGCCUGGAAGUGAACUCUUUUUCUGCGGAUAGCAACAAGACUGGGAACGUCAGUGAAAAGAAGAGCCACAAACGAACAAAGCGGUUUCUCUCCUAUCCUCGGUUUGUGGAAGUGAUGGUGGUGGCUGACAGCAGGAUGGUCGCCUACCAUGGAGCUAAUCUACAGCACUAUGUCUUAACGUUAAUGUCAAUAGUGGCUUCUAUCUACAAAGACCCAAGCAUUGGAAAUUUAAUUAAUAUUGUUAUUGUGAAAUUGGUUGUGAUACAUAAUGAGCAGGAUGGUCCUGCAAUAUCUUACAAUGCCCAGACAACAUUAAAAAACUUUUGCCAAUGGCAGCAAUCCCAGAACCACCCUGAAGGAAGUCACCUUCAACAUGAUACAGCCGUGCUUGUUACCAGACAGGAUAUUUGUAGAGCGCACGACAAAUGUGAUACUCUGGGUCUGGCAGAGCUGGGCACAGUCUGUGACCCAUACAGGAGCUGUUCAAUUAGUGAAGAUAACGGACUGAGCACUGCUUUCACAAUAGCACAUGAACUUGGCCAUGUAUUUAACAUGCCUCAUGAUGACAAUCAUAAGUGCAAAGAAGAUGGAGGUAAAAAUCAACAGCACGUCAUGGCACCAACGCUGAACUUCUACACCAAUCCCUGGAUGUGGUCAAAAUGCAGUAGGAAAUACAUCACUGAAUUUCUGGACACUGGUUAUGGGGAGUGUUUGCUUGAUGAACCUUCAUCAAGAACUUACACGUUGCCUCAGCAGCUCCCUGGGCUGAUCUAUGAUGUCAACAAACAAUGUGAGUUAAUUUUUGGACCCGGAUCUCAAGUGUGCCCGUAUAUGAUGCAGUGUCGGCGACUUUGGUGUAUUAACAUUGAUGGCGCGCACAAGGGAUGUCGUACCCAGCACACGCCUUGGGCUGAUGGGACAGAAUGUGAGCCUGGAAAGCACUGCCGGUUUGGGAUGUGCGUGCCCAAAGAACGAGAGGCGCCGGUGAUAGACGGAGCGUGGGGGACAUGGAGCCCUUUUGGGACCUGCUCAAGAACCUGUGGUGGUGGCAUAAAGACGGCGAUACGAGAGUGUAACAGGCCCGAGCCUAAAAACGGUGGGAAAUACUGCGUGGGUCGUCGCAUGAAGUUUAAAUCCUGCAACACCGAACCGUGCUCGAAGCUGAAGAAGGAUUUCCGGGAUGAGCAGUGUGCUGACUUCGAUGGGAAGCAUUUUAACAUCAACGGGCUGCCCACGAACGUGCGCUGGGUUCCCAAAUACAGCGGCAUCCUGAUGAAGGAUCGGUGCAAGUUGUUCUGCCGAGUGGCGGGAAACACGGCAUAUUACCAGCUGCGGGAUCGCGUCAUCGACGGGACGCCCUGCGGCCCUGACACAAAUGACAUCUGUGUGCAGGGCCUUUGCCGGCAAGCUGGAUGCGAUCAUGUGCUGAAUUCAAAAGCAAGAAGAGAUAAAUGUGGUGUUUGUGGUGGGGAUAAUUCUUCAUGCAAAACUGUUGCAGGCACAUUUAACACGGUGCAUUAUGGCUAUAACGUCGUGGUCCGCAUCCCAGCUGGUGCAACUAAUAUUGAUGUGCGUCAGCACAGUUACUCAGGGAAACCAGAGGAUGACAACUACCUGGCCUUAUCUAACAGUCAAGGAGACUUUAUAUUAAAUGGAGACUUUGUCGUCAGUAUGUUUAAAAGGGAAAUCAAAGUUGGGAAUGCUGUGAUCGAAUACAGUGGAUCGGAUAAUACUAUUGAAAGGAUUAAUUCUACAGAUCGGAUUGAGCAAGAAAUAACGCUUCAGGUUUUAUCAGUGGGCAAUUUGUACAAUCCUGACGUUCGUUACACAUUUAAUAUCCCCAUUGAGGACAAACCUCAGCAGUUUUACUGGAAUGCAUAUGGCCCGUGGCAGCCCUGCAGUAAGCUCUGCCAAGGAGAACGAAAAAGGAAACCUGUGUGUACGAGAGAGUCGGAUCAACUCACGGUGUCGGACCAAAGAUGUGAUCGACUUCCCCAGCCUGACCCCAUCACUGAGCCUUGUAGCACAGAAUGCGAAUUAAGGUGGCACGUCGCGAGGAAGAGCGAGUGCACGGCCCAGUGUGGGCUGGGGUACCGCACCCUGGAGAUCUACUGCUCCAAGUACAACAGGCUGGAGGGGAAGAUAGAGAAGGUCGACGACCGCUUCUGCAACAGUCAGCCCAAGCCGAGCACGAGGGAGAAGUGCACUGGGGACUGUAACGUCGGAGGAUGGCGGUACUCAGCCUGGACUGAGUGCUCCAAGAGCUGCGGCGGGGGAGCGCGGCGGCGGCGAGCCAUGUGCGUGAACACCUACAACGACAUCCUGGACGACAGCAAGUGCAGUCAGCAGGAGAAGCUGACGGUGCAGCGAUGCAGCGACUUCUUGUGCCCCCAGUGGAAAACUGGCGACUGGUCGGAGUGCCUGGUCACCUGUGGAAAAGGGCAUAAGCACCGCCAGACCUGGUGCCAGUUUGGAGAAGAUCGAUUAAACGACAGGUUUUGCGAUCCUGAAACGAAGCCGGAGUCGGUGCAGACAUGCCAGCAGCAAGAGUGUGCUUCGUGGCAAGUGGGGCCGUGGGGCCAGUGCACGAUGACCUGUGGCCAAGGCUACCAGAUGAGAGCGGUGAAGUGUGUCAUGGGCACCUACGUGUCUGUGGUGGAUGAUAAUGAAUGUAAUGCUGCAACCAGGCCAACAGAUACCCAGGACUGUGAAAUAGCAGCAUGUCCUCCCCAUCCAGAUAGUCCCGAAGCUAAGAGAUCCAUAUCGGGCAUUCACAGGACACAGUGGAGAUUUGGAUCCUGGACACCGUGCUCCGCAACAUGCGGGAAGGGUACCCGGAUGAGGUACGUCAGCUGUCGAGAUGACCAGGGCUCGGUGGCCGACGAGUCAGCUUGUUUCCACCUCCCGAAGCCGUCAGCCACAGAAAUGUGCACCGUGACGCCAUGCGGGCAGUGGAAGGCCUUGGAGUGGAGCUCUUGCUCGGUGACUUGUGGUCAAGGUAAGGCAACGCGACAAGUGGUCUGCAUCAAUUACAGUGACCAGCUGGUGGAUAGGAGUGAGUGCGAUCCAGACGACCUCCCUGCCACCGAGCAAGACUGCUCCAUGUCUCCUUGUCAUCCAAACAGCCAUGACUACGGCAGGCCCCUCCACCCUUUCCUCUAUCCGGAUAAUCGCCUGAAACUGCACCCCGGAGGCAGCCCAAACCGAAACCGUGCACAUAUAUCAGGAGGCAAUCAGUGGAGGAUUGGCCCCUGGGGUGCUUGCUCUAGCACGUGUGCGGGAGGGUUCCAGCGGCGGGUCGUGGUGUGCCAGGAUGAAAACGGAUACACCGCAAAUAACUGCGAUGAAAAAAGCAAACCCAUGGAGCAGAGAUCGUGCGAAUCUGGCCCCUGUCCUCAGUGGGUUUAUGGCAACUGGGGAGAGUGCACAAAGCCGUGCGGGGCAGGGACAAGAACACGGCUGGUGGUGUGCCAGCGCCCGAACGGAGAAAGGUUUACGGAUCUGAGCUGUGAAAUCCUUGACAAGCCACCGGACAGAGAGCAGUGCAAUGUGCAGGACUGUCCUAGAGAUGCUGCCUGGAGCGCUGGUCCUUGGAGCUCGUGUUCUGUCUCCUGUGGAAGGGGCCAAAAGCACCGCAACGUGUACUGUUUGUCAAAGGAAGGGAGGCAUGUAGAAGAAGAAUAUUGCAAGCACCUUGCUAAGCCCAAUGUGCAAAAGAAAUGCAGAGGGGGCAGAUGUCCGAAGUGGAAAGCAGGAGACUGGGGACAGUGCUCGGUGUCCUGCGGCCGGGGCGUCCAGCGGCGCGCUGUGCACUGCCACAGCGGCACCCCGAAGGCAGCUGAGGAGGGAGAGUGCGACCUGGCCAGCCGGCCCCCUUCGCAGCGGGACUGCCACCUCCCCGAGUGCCCCACGCACCGCUGGGCAGCCGGCGAAUGGCAAGCGUGUAUGAAGACGUGCGGGGAGGCAUCCCGGUACCGCAAGGUGGUCUGCGUGGAUGAGAGCAAGCGGGUGCAGAACAGUGGCUACUGCGACGCCAGCAAACGCCCCCCCGAAAUCGAGAGCUGCGGCCUGCUGCCCUGCGAGUACAUCUGGAUCACCGGGGAAUGGUCGGAGUGCUCCGUCACGUGCGGGAAGGGAUACAGGCAGCGCCUGGUGUCCUGCAGCGAGAUUUACACCGGGAAGGACCACUACGAGUACGGGUACCAAAACACGGUCAACUGUCCUGGCACACAGCCGCCCAACAUCCAGCCCUGCUACCUUGGGGAGUGCCCUGUCUCGGCAUCCUGGCGCGUCGGCAACUGGGGAAGCUGCUCUGUCACCUGUGGAGUUGGAGUCAUGCACCGGUCGGUGCAGUGUUUGACGAAUGAUGACCAGGUCAGCAGCUUGUGCCGUGCAGAUCUGAAACCCGAAGAGAUGAGGACAUGCCGCAACGUCCAUGACUGUGAAUUACCAAGGAGUUGCAAAGACGUUAAAAAUCUCAAAGGUGUCACUGAAGAUGGCGAAUAUUUCCUUCGAGUCAAAGGAAAGGCGUUAAAGGUGUAUUGCUCUGGGAUGCAGACUGACAGCCCAAAGGAGUACGUGACCCUUGUAAAUGGGGAUGCAGAGAAUUUUUCAGAAGUGUAUGGAUACAGAUUGCAUAACCCGACUGAAUGUCCGUAUAACGGGAGCAGACGAGAAGACUGCCAGUGUAGGAAAGAUUACACAGCAGCUGGGUUUUCCACCUUCAGCAAAGUAAGGCUGGACCUGAACACUAUGCAAAUAAUAACGACUGAUUUACAGUUUGCACGGACACAUGAUGGACGACCUGUUCCUUAUGCCACUGCUGGGGACUGCUACAGUGCAGCCAAAUGCCCGCAGGGUCGCUUCAGCAUAGACCUGUACGGGACAGGCCUGUCCUUAACGGGAACGGCAAAGUGGCUCUCACAAGGGAAUUACGCAGUGUCGGAAAUUCAAAAAUCCCCAGAUGGUACCAAAGUAGUAGGAAAAUGUGGCGGUUACUGUGGGAAAUGUACUCCAUCAUCUGGAACAGGCCUCGAUGUCCAGAUGUUAUAG